AUGUCACCGUUCGUACAACCUGAUGUACUCGCUACGCUUAAUUAUAAAAAAGGCAUGAAAACAGUUGAAAAUGGUACGUCGGCUCAUUUUCCUUGCCUCGUGGAACAUCAACAUCUACCCCACAAACCCGUGGAGCUGGUCUUCAGUGGGCUAUCGGUAACCGUUAACAAAAGGCCGAUAUUAAGAGAUGUUAGCGGCGUCGUACGACCUGGUGAACUUCUUGCGGUCAUGGGACCUUCAGGGUGUGGAAAAACAACAUUAUUAAAUUGUUUAUCGGGAAGAGUGAAAUUGGACUCAGGGAGCAUACGUUUAAAUAGGGAUAAAUUAAGUAAAAAAUGGAAAAGAAGGAUUUGCUACGUAUUACAGCAAGAUAUAUUCUUUCCAGAUCUCACACUUAGGCAAACGUUAGAAUAUGCAGCGCGUCUUCGGUUACCAGAUGUUUUUUCAUAUUCCCAAAAAAUGCAGUACGUUGACCACAUAAUAAAUGUAUUGGAUUUAGGAAGUUGUCAAGAUACAAUAAUUGGAGACUACUUAAAACGAGGUUUAUCGGGAGGUGAAAAAAAGAGAGCAAAUAUUGCCUGCGAAUUAUUAACAAAUCCCUCAUUAAUGCUGUUGGACGAACCAACUUCCGGUCUUGAUUCUCAUUCAGCAUUUAGUUUGAUGCUGUGUUUGAAAGAGUAUGCGGAAACGGAAGGGAAAACUGUCGUCGUUACGGUUCAUCAACCCUCGUCACAAAUAUUUCACAUGUUUGAUAAAUUACUAUUGCUUUGCAAUGGACAGACUGCAUACUUUGGACCAGUAAAUAAAGUUGUUGAUUUUUUCAACAAUAUUGGACUGCCCGUAAUGCCACAUUAUAAUCCUGCCGAUUUUAUACUGGAACAAGUAAAAGGUUCAGAGGAAAUGAAAGAGAAAAUAAUUGCCGCUGCUAAAGAAUCGAGGAAAGGUUCGGAUUAUCCUCAAGAACUACUGCCAGACAAUUUUACUUCAGUGAAUGCCUGUGAUAGAUAUUUGAAUAAUUAUCAAUCGAAUCACGUACAAAACAAAGGACACGUAGGAGCUAACGCUUGUCACUGCCAUCGUGAUGUUUGGUCACCGACGCAGACGUCUCAUUCUGUUCCCGUCCCUGUACAUUAUAUUAACAGUAGAUCUGUCGAAAUGUGCGUCGUUGUCGAUCCAUCACCGCAAACAAACGUUUUCGCAACAAUAGUUAAAGGUGAAGAGGGUAAAUUAUGGAUGGAUAACCAAAGUCACGGUUCCUCGUCAACGAGCAGUUCCGACGAUGAUCUUAGCUGGCAAUGGCCUACGAGUUUUUGGACGCAACUCCGAGUUUUAUCGGAGAGAAAUUUUCAAGAGGCAAGACCGAGAAUGUUGUCGAAACUUAAUUGGGUUCAAACUAUAGCACUCGGAGCAAUGGCGGGUCUUUUGUGGUUUCAACUUGAAAGAAAAGAAGAAUCACUUCACGAUAUUCAGGGUUGGAUGUUUUUUUCAACGACUUAUUGGAUGUUGUUUGCGCAUUUUGGCGCUCUCUCUUCAUUCCCUCCAGAAAGAGAAGUUAUUAACAAAGAAAGGCAAUCGGGAUCGUAUCGUCUUUCGGCUUAUUACCUUGCCAAAAUGUUAGGAGAAUUACCACUAACGGUUACAUUACCAGCCGUUUACCAUCUCAUAUCAUAUCCGAUGCUGGGUUUUCACAGUCCGACGGUUUUUCUUACUUUAUUAGCAUUUUUACUAUUGAACACCGUCGUAGCGCAGAGUGUCGGGUUUUUCGUCGGAGCUUGCUGUAUGGACAUGCAAGUUUCAAUAACCAUCAGUGCCUUGUACACUCUUGCGACACAAUUAUUCGGCGGAUAUUUGGCGACAAAUAUCCCCGUAUGGUUAAAAUGGAUGCAGUAUCUGAGCAUGGUUCAUUACGCGUAUCAAAACAUGCAAAUGGUCGAAUUCGGAGACGGAGCUAAAAUUCAGUGUGCAGCUCAAUCGAAAUUCGAAAUAUGCAACACGACAAAUUACAUUCCAGUGGAAGCAAUAUUGGAAGCACAGGGGGCUAGUCUUCCUCUUUGGGCGAAUUCACUGGUUUUGCUAUUGUUUUUAUUACUAUUUCGAUUUUUAGGUUACAUCGUUCUCAGAUAUUUCCGUCAUCCCAAGUGA